CAUUUUGUCAAAAAUGUAUUCAAGGUAUUCUAGCAUUCUCUGUACAGAGGAAUACUUUAUUAUGUCCAAUAUGUAGAAACACAACAAAUGUCACAGAUGGUGAUGUUGCAAAUCUUAAAACUAAUAUACCUGUUAAGUCAAUUGUUGAUGACGUCAGGAAUAGUAAACAGCUCUGUGACGUGUGUGAAGAGCAAUCAAGAGCCACACAAUUCUGUUGCGAAUGUGGUAAAAAUAUGUGUAACGCAUGUCUGCAAGAUCAUAACAACUGGAAACCACAUCUCAAGCAUAAAGUAGUGAGCGUUGAAGAAAUCAGGAAGGGUAGGGUAGUGUUAAAGAAGAAGGUUUACUGUAAAGAAGAAGUGCACACAUCAGAUGAAUGUGAAUGCUCUGAUGUCUGCACGACAUGUAAGAAGCUCAUUUGUAUGAGAUGUCGCAUGCUCUACCACGAGAAAAAAGGCCACGAUGUGGAAGAUUUAAGAGAGUACAAUUCGUCUUUCAAAAAGAGCUCUGAAUUACUUCAGGGUCAAGAAAAGACAAAAGCUACAGCAGUCAAGAAUCAUAUGACGUGUAUUGAUAACCAAAUCAAACGUGUUCAUGAUCACAUUAAUGCUGAAAAUGUGAAGCUUGACAAGCUUUGUGAAGAUGCUAUCAAGAAAAUAAAAGAGAGGAAUGCUACCUUGAAAAGGCAACUAGAUGAUCAGAGAGAAGAAUUAUGCAAGAGUUUAAAUAAUAUGAAAAUUGAUGAUGAGAGGUUGGUUAAGAGUAUUGAGAGUGCGAGUGAUUUGCUGAGUAAUACUUUGAAAGCCCCACUAGAAGGAGAUGUUGUAGCAAUUCGUGAUUCAUUGUAUGGAGAAUUGAAAAAUGUAUUACUUAGGGAAAAUCCAAAGAAGAAGGUUGCUACUGAUAUAGGUGAUCAUGCAGAGGAACUGACUUUUACACCGAGCUGCAAUCCUGAUGCAUUAUCAAUGGGGGAACUGAGGAUUGUGAAUUGCGAGCCCGCGAAAUGCAAUGUAUUACUCACAAAGAAAGAUAGUAUGAAUGGCAUGGUGACUUCAAAGAAUGGCAUAGUUGCUGUUGGAUCAAGAUUUGGAGGAAUCGAAAUCUACUCUGCUGAUGGUCAGCUGCAGAAGACAGUCAUUAAAGAUUUAUGGAUACGUGAAGUAGGAUUCCUCUCUGAUGAUCGAUAUGUUGUACGUGAUACAUGCAAUAAGAUAUCACUGUACACAUCAGAUGAAGAGAAGCAGUAUGUAACAUUCGAUACUAUAGGUGAUAGUGAAGGUGGGUUUGGUGAUCUCACUGUAGACAGCAAUGAUCUGAUCUAUGUUAGCUACAGGAAAGCUAAGAAGAUCCAGGUAUUCUCACCAUCAGGUGGGAAGGCUAUGAGGGUGAUACCAUGCGAUGGGUAUGAACCAAAGCAAAUCACAAGUUAUGGUGAUUCAUUGAUCGUUAAGCAGUUUAAGAAUACAAUAAUACGUAUUGAUAAGGACGGUAAUAUAAUGCAUAGAUUAUGGAAACCUGGGGAAAAUGACCUCUUUGCUGAUGUGACUAAAGACAAUACAACCCUGAUUGCCUCUGUAAGACGCAAUGAAGGUCUGCUCAAUAUCGAUGAGUAUACCGGUGAGCUCAAACACAUUAGGAGUCUUAUAUCUGAUUACAAGAUUGAGAAACCUGAGAGACAUUGGUAUUACCUUCAACAGUUUCAAUCAGGAGAGAUAGCUUUCUGUACACCUGAUAGGCUCUAUGUAUUCAACCUAGUUACUAGUAAAGUUACCUCGUAAGAAUAUUAUGUUUCGGCCUUCAAGAGCCUAUUAAUGUCCUACUUUACAAAUUCUUAAAUUCACCAGUUUCAAUGCUAAUCUUGGUAUUUAUGUUUCAUUAAUGUCAAGAAAGUUAAUUCAUUCCAUUCGAUAAAAAAUAAUGUAAACAAUAGGAUAGUAAAAGGCAAAAGUACAUAAUAUACAAUUGUUAUUACAUACAGAGGAGAGUAAUUGAAAUAUGAGACUCUGCAAAGGUUGAAAAAGAAUUAAACUUCAGUUUAAGAAGAAUCAAGGUACUGUUAGAUUAUUCGUGUUUCUGAUUUCGAAAAGGAAAAGGGAAACGAGGAGGCGCGCUCAAUUUUCUGUUUCGUGAAGGUGAAGCAGAAAAAGGGAAAAGAGAUUUCAAUUCAAUGUUAUGUUUCGUGAACGCGAAACAAAUAGAGGAAACGAAACUUUCAAUUCAAUUUUGUGUUUUCAAAAGGAAAAAAUAAAAAUUAUAAUAUGUAAAAAAAAAGUCAAACGGAAGAAUUAACCGUUUUUCUGUUUUCUCGUUUUUACAUCUUUCAUUCUUGAAUCAAAAUAUUGAAAAAUUGCCGUUUUCUGUUUUAAAUCUCGAAAAUAGAAUCAAUUUUGAAUAACUAUUUCGAUUUUGCUUUUCCGUUUCGAAACCAGAAAAAAACGAUAUGUCUAACGGUACCUUGAUUAGGAAGCUCUGUCCAAAGCUGCACCCCAACUGUAUCUUGUUUAACAUAGUUUCAUGCAUGUGUACGUAGAUUUCACUACUUCUAUCUUUACCAUUCUUAAAAGAUCUUUACCAUUCUUAAAAGAAUACAGUUUAAGGGCUUUCCUUGAAACUCCAUUUAAGUAGAAAUUAAUUUACCAAAGUGACUGUUUGAUGUUGCCUUUUCUUUCCAUUAAAAUAUCAUUUUGCAUACCCUUAUUUAGAAAAAAAAAAUGUUCAAGCAUAAAUACAUAUGACACCAAGCAAAAUUGAAAGGUGAAAUAAAGCAGAUUACAUUGACUAUUCAGAAAUGAUUAAAACCUAUAUUUCAUAUCCAAUGUUUACUUUCUAAAUGAAGAAUAUUCUAUGACAUAAACGACUGAUGUUGACAACGUGACCAGUAAUGAGUCUGGUCACCCAUAGUAGGCCUACGGAAAAAGAAAUGUUUGUUGAGAAUGGGAAUCAAUAAAUACAAGACCUAAUAGUUAUAUGUAAUUGUAAAUGUAUGAGUGUGCGUAUCUUGGGGGUGGGCCAGAAAUCUUCAGAGAAAUAAAAUGAGGAAAAUUUUAAGACUUACAAAAAAAAAUCAAAAGCAAUUAUAAAUCGCAAUAUAAAUUUAAUCUAAUGAUAAACAAUCAAUCAAUCAAUAUCAGAUCAAUACGGCCAAAAAUUCGGAUGUUGAAAAAUCCUGGAGAAAGUUUGCCCCUAUAACAUGGCUUUUUAUAGACCCAAUAUUGAGAGAAGUGAGUUGAUAGACAUAAUACACGUGACGUG